AUGGCUCCCUCUCACCGUCGUGGACCUUGGGUCCCCGAAGAAGAUCAACUGUUAUUGCAACUGGUCCGCGAACAAGGGCCUAACAACUGGGUGCGCAUCUCUCAACAUAUGCACUACCGCUCACCAAAACAAUGUCGGGAACGCUUCCACCAAAACCUCAAGCCUUCCUUGAACCGUGAACCAAUCUCCUCAGAUGAGGGGCUUAUGAUUGAGCGCAUGGUUAACGAAAUGGGCAAGCGCUGGGCUGAGAUCGCCCGCCGACUGGGAAACCGCAGUGACAACGCCGUCAAGAACUGGUGGAAUGGAAGCAUGAACCGCAAACGCCGUGGUCUCUCAUCAACACCAGUCUCUCGCACUUGUAGUGGCCGUGUGGAGGCCCCAUAUGCUCGGGCAUCCGUCGUGAGCCCAAUUCGUCCUCGCUUCAGCACUCGCCCAUGGGACACCGAAUCUACCGCCUCCUCCGACGCAUUCCCUUCUCGUCGGGAAUCCAUGUCCGCCGCUCGUCAACUUUCUCCCAUCUACACUCUUCCCUCCAUCAACCGUUCCAUCGAAACCCCCUUGACUUCACCUGCAUUUUCCGACAUUUCCAGUGCUACCUCUGUCGAGCCUCCUUCCAUGGUCUCGGAUCACAACUCUGUCUGCUCCUCUUCUCCGCGCACUCUUCCUUCUCCCCAACUAUUACCCUUCCCGGUCGAUAUGCGCGCUCAGUACGACUCCCGUCGUCCCAGCGUGUCUGUUCAAGUCGUCGAGGAUUCUCCCAGCUACCCCGCCCGGUCAUUGGAUUCACUUUCCGACAUCGCAUCAAAAAGGCGAUGGAUGGAACACCAGCCGACUUUGGCAUCGUGGCACCAGCCUACAGAUCUACCAAAGCCCUUUAUGGAGGCUCCCCGUGACACUCGCAUGGGAGUCAACAAUCUCCUCAACUAA